UUCCUCUUCCUUUGCUUCAAACAACUCAACAAUGGCGAUCAGAAAAUCAUCCAAGCUCCCUCAGACAGCCGUUCUGAAGCAAAUCCUGAAGCGAUGUUCCAGUCUAGGCAAGAAACACGGCGGCUACGACGACGUACCCAAAGGCCACUUCGCCGUUUACGUCGGCGAGAACAGGAGCAGGUACAUUGUCCCCAUCUCGUUCUUGACUCACCCCGAGUUCCAGUGCUUGCUUCGACGAGCCGAGGAAGAGUUCGGGUUCGACCACGAUAUGGGACUCACCAUCCCUUGUGAAGAAGUCGUUUUUCGAUCUCUCACUUCCAUGCUUAGAUGAACCAAAAAAAAAAAGACAAUUAGUUGUUAUUAGGAGAAUGGGAGCUUUCCUUUUGGAGAAGAUGAAGAUGGCGAAGAGAGAAGCAUCUUAUAUACCUUCUCUUUUUUCUCUUUUUUUUAACAUCGAUUCUUCUCUUUUUCCCCCUACUAUUUUGAACCCAUUAAUCUGGGUUUUUUUUCUCCUUGAUGUGACUCCAACUUAGCCCAAGAACUAUGAAGUUUUUUUUUCUGGGUUUAAUAAUUUGUACAAAGUAUGUUUCUUCACUGUUCAUGGCUGUUAACAUUGCUGUGAGAGAAGUUUAAUGGUUUUAUGAAAGUAUUAUUAUCCU